CACAGAGUUACCAGAAGAAGAAAAAUGUAAAUAGAAACUCAGAAAAACAAAUACUAACAACCUAUGACUUUUUGGUCAAAUGAACUAUUAUUACUAUUAUUAUUGUUGAAUGUUGAAGAACCUCCUUUAACCCACUUCUCCAUUCUUCUCCUCUUGAGAUAUAUCCAAUUUUGUUCAUCCUCUUCAAAAAAAAAAAUAUAUGAUCUAACCCCUUGCAUUCAUAUCACACACACAGAGUGAAUAUAUUGAUUAUGGUUUGUCAUGGUUCUUUCACUGAUUGGAUCAAUCACUUUCUUGAUUGCAUGGGGAGCAGAACUUGCUUUGGUUGCUGUAAUAAAUCAAAACCAGUUAUUAAUGCUGAUGAACCAUCAAAGGGUCUAACGAUUGAAGGUCAGACAGUGAAAAAGACUGGUAUGUCAGAUGAUUUUUGGAGCACCAGCACAUAUGACUUGGAUAACUGUGCCUUGCAGUCCCAGAGAAGCUUAUCAUCUAUCAGUAUCUCAAAUCAAAGUCUCACCGGAAGCACUAGCAAUCAUUCUGAAUUCGUAAACCACGGUUAUCUUCGUUGGAAGCAGACGAGGCUUCAGUGGACCGAAACUAAAUGUUCGGAAAGUCAACCAAAAAAGCGGGAUCCUGUUUUAAGUUGGAAUGCGACUUACGAGAGCUUGCUCGGGACUAACAAAAGGUUUUAUAAGCCAAUUCCUCUUUCUGAAAUGGUUGAUUUUCUGGUGGAGAGAUGGGAACAGGAAGGCUUAUAUGAUUGAGGAUGACAUUGGUGUGUGCCAAAACAUAUGAAGACUUUUUUAUUUGAAACUUUCUGUAAGUUUUAAUUGUAUUUUCUUGGUGUAUAGCUGCCUAAAAAGGAAAACUAUACAGUGUUGGGGGUAAAUGAGCUUUCGAGAGAGUAAUUGCAAGUCAUGCUCUGACCGACUAAAAUAUUGCAUCAGUGAAGAUGGCUGUAUUUGGAAGUGCCGUAAAAUUUACAUGUACAGGGACAAGGAUAAAAUGGUUUUCUUUCUUUCCUAUAUACAAAAUUUUGGCGUGUUCAAGGGGAUCAGUUAUAGUUUUUACUAGCAAUUUAUAACUGUAUAAAUAUGCUCAACUUCUGCUUGAUAAAUACAAAGUUCCUGCACAUAUAUUUUGCUAGGAAGUGCAUUCA